CAAUUCAAUGGUAAAAUUCAAGUGUUCAACUCUGCAUCUUCAAUGUUCUAUGCACCCAGCAACCACAGCGGGAUUGGCAGCAUGCACUGGGAACACAUUUGUGCCUGUCCUAUUUCAAAAAAUGAGGCACCCUGGUAUGAGUGCAUGUUUGUUAACACAGAUGCAGGUUUGAAGGGAUGGGGGGAAUGGAGAUAG